CACAUGGAGCCAUGGAGCGAGAUCAGGUGUAAACAGCAUGGUACCACAGCCUCACCCGGAUGACAGCAGUGCUGGCAUGUAAAGGCUGCUGGACUCUCCUGACUGAUGGGUGUGGGCAAAGAAGUUUCCCAUCCGUCUGACAGUGCGACUGCAGGAGGAAGAAACCCUCUCCAGCUGCAGCCAGGAGACAAUCACAAUGGACCCGUCCGACCAGAAGCACUUUGCGGUUGUAGACUAUGUGAUAUUUGCCGUCUUGCUCGCUGCCUCUAUGGGCAUCGGCCUGUACCAUGCACUGUCUGGUGGGCGUCAGCGCACAACACAGGAGUUCUUGAUGGCAGACAGAAGCAUGCGCUGUCUCCCUGUGUCCCUGUCACUCAUCGCCUCAUUCCAGUCCGCCGUGGCGAUCAUAGGCGUGCCGGCAGAGAUCUACACCCAUGGUACUCAGUACUGGUUCAUCGGCUGUGCCUACAUUCUGGGCCUCUUCAUUCCAGCUCAUGUCUUCAUUCCAGUGUUUUACAGACUACAGGUCUCCAGUGCUUAUCAGUAUCUUGAACUGCGCUUCAGCAAAGCAGUGCGUAUCUGUGGAACUUUGACCUUCAUUUGUCAGAUGGUUAUCUAUAUGGGGAUUUGUGUGUAUACUCCCGCCUUUGCACUUAACGCAGUUACUGGAUUCGAAUUAUGGGGAACGGUGCUGGCCACUGGCCUAGUGUGCACGUUGUACACAACAAUGGGUGGUUUGAAGGCUGUCAUCUGGACAGACGUCUUUCAGACUGUGGUGAUGUUUGCAGGGCAGCUGGCUGUCAUCGUGGUGGGCGUGCAGAAGACUGGGGGAGUGUCUGAAGUUUGGAGGAAAGUCUGGGAGGGAAACCGCAUCUCUGGUCUCGACCUAAAUCCAGAUCCUACAGAGAGACACACUUUCUGGACUCUGGGGGUCGGCGGGAUCUUCCUCAUGCUGUCCCUGUAUGGAGUGAACCAGGCUCAGGUGCAAAGAUAUCUCAGCUCGCGCACAGAGAGGGAUGCUGUCAGGUCUUGCUACAUGGUGUUUCCCUCCCUGCAGCUGGCUCUGGCUCUCAGCUGUGUGAUGGGGCUGGUCAUGUUUGCCCGCUACUGCGGAGAGGAUCACUCUGACAAGCGGGGAAACUCCUCGAUGGAUGCGAUGGUGAUAUACUUUGUGAUGGAUAUGCUGCAGGAUCUUCCAGGACUGCCUGGACUGUUUGUGGCUUGUUUAUUCAGUGCAGCUCUCAGCACCAUCUCCUCCGCCUUCAACUCUUUGGCCACUGUGACAAUGGAGGACCUCAUCAAACCGCAUUUUCCCGCCAUGACAGAGGCCAGAGCGACCCAGCUGUCCAAAGCUUUAGCUAUGUCCUACGGGCUGCUGUGUCUGGCCAUGGCCUACCUCACUCACCUAAUGGGUGAUUCGGUUCUGCAGGUGGCUUUGAAAAUCUUCGGGAUGGUCGGUGGUCCUGUCCUCGGCCUGUUUUCCCUCGGCAUGUUCUUCCCCUGGGCCAACUCCACUGGCGCAGUGGCAGGUCUGGGUGCCGGUCUGGCUGUGGCUUUCUGGGUUGGCAUCGGCAGCAUCCUCACUCGUAGCAACACCGGCAUUAGACCGCCUGUACCUGACUGCAGGGCCAUGCUGCUGUCAGACAACACAACUGCUGCCAUUCACACUGCACUCAGCAAUGUCACUCUGAGCCGACCGUCUGGACUGAAGAGGUUUUAUUCAUUGUCAUACAUGUGGUACAGUGCAUUUAACUGCUUCACAGUCAUUUUAAUAGGCCUGAUCAUCAGCUUUCUCACAGGCCCUAUGAAAGAAGAGGAUGUGACACCAGGCACAGUCUACCCCUUGUUGGGCAAACUGCUUCAUUUUCUGCCUGAACGCCUCAAAAAGAAGCUCUGUUGUGUGACUCCUCUGGGACAGACACUCUCAUCUCAGCCUCCACAACACAAAGAAAGCAAUGGGUCGGCCUUCCAACAAGAGGACGGACCGUCACAGGAAGAGACGGAGAGUUUUCUUCCUGAUGCUCACACACCUUUUGUGGAGCGUGAAACAGCUGUGUGACAACGGUUAAAACGCCUUUAGACAAAGCACUUGGACGAAGAAUAUAUUUGUAUACUGUUGACUUUGCUUCGUGAUGAAGGCUGUAAUUCAAUUUUGCCCUGUCAAAUGCUGCAGCGAGGUCAAAGCUAAACACUGGAGGUUCUUUUUUUUUUAAAUCUGGUGGCAUCUUCAUGUCUUCUAGAAAACACAAGUACAGCUGAGCCUGUAAGUUUUACAGAUAGUCACAUGUUUGAUUUAUAUACAGUUUUUGUCAACUUCAGGUACAUGAUCACGGAUUCACAUUCAGUCUGGUCCUUGCAUGUAAAAAAUACUGCACUACACUGCUAUCUGUGUCCACUGAGCAACUGAAAAGGUUUCAUACCGAUAUUUAUCUCUGUAUAUACUUGACUAUUGUUUAGUGCUGCUGCAGCUGUAUGAAUGGUCCUGUGUCAUACUGAUAUAAGAGGACAGUGCCUCACUUUUUAAGGUCGUAUGACUGAAUUUUGGCUGUAAUGCAGCUGAAACAGAAAAAAAACCCUUUUCUAAAAAGGAUUAAAGAUUUUGUAGUUAACUCUUUUCAAUGUUUGGUCCUCUUGUUUCUCUACAAUUGGAAAAUAAACAGAAUUGUCGUAGUUUGAUUUAAAAAGUUAAAGCUACUAAUAGGAUCUUUAGUUAAGAUUUUUAUUUAUUUAUUUUGUAAAACUAAAGUUUCCAAGAUCAAGAAUGAACAACGAUCUUUCUUGCACAACAAAUUAAUAUUAAUUAAUGUUUUGUGUACAGCACCUUAUUAAGAUAUAUGUGCAUAACAAGACAUUUAUUUGCAUUUGCUUAUUUAGUAUUUGCUAUAAGAGCUAAAUGAUGAAAUGAUGAUGACUGGGUCAGCUGGUUUUACUUCAACUUAAUAUUACAUUUGUGGCUGUUCUGGUUACAUCAGUAGUUUUAGAGCAAAGUUACUCAAAGUAAUUUCUAUGAACCUGAAAUAAGUAUCUCAUUCACAUUUGAUAAAGUUUCCUCUAAUACAAUGUGCAUAAUUUGGAACUUCUAUCUGCUGCAUAUUAACAGAUAUGUUCCUCAGAGUUUUGCACUCCAGGUUUAUUAAUAGUCCUGCUUCACAAAGCUCCUCUGUGCUCUGCUUGCAUCAGAGUCUUAAACACAGGGGUUGUAUGAUCAUUCAAGCUGAUAAUCACAACAUAAAAGUCUGUAAUUACAGACCAU